CCACGGUUGCUGUGGUUACAAGUUGAGUCCGGAAGUGGCUGAGCAUUUUUGAAAACAUGGCUGUUCAGAGCUGGACUGAAAUCCUAAAAUCAUCCAAGAAAACGGCAUUGAUACACGAUGGAAAAAGGAAGAUCCACUACCUCUUUACAGAUGGAAAAGAAAUGGCAGAAGAGUAUGACUUAAAGACAGAUGAGCUCAUUGUACGAAAGUGGCGCCAUAAAAGCACGCUUGGAGCUCAAGGCCAGUGGACGGUGGAGGUUGGGGAGCCACUCGCAAGCCCAGUUGCAUCUCCAGAUUCUGAUGUGAUCAAGGAGAACUGCUCCAAUCCUGUGUUCAUGCGCAAAGACACAAAGACCAGCUUUCAGUGGAGAAUCCGCAACCUUCCCUACCCCAAAGAUGUCUUCAGUGUUUCAGUGGACCCAUCUGAAAGACACAUCAUCAUAAAAACCUCAAACAAAAAGUAUUAUAAAAAGUUCAGUAUCCCUGAUCUCGAUCGAAGUCAGCUGCCAUUGGAUGGCUCAGCACUCAGCUUCACUCAUGCCAACAACACUUUAAUUGUCAGCUACAAGAAACCCAAAGAGGUGUUAACACUUGAGCAGGAGCUACUGAAGGAACUAAAGAAACUGAAGGGGACUGCCGAAGGGGACGUCGACUGCAAAACUCAGUGAAUUCUGACUGUGGGAGAGAAGAAAUAAUUCUGCGUUGCAUUUAAAGCACAUGUGAGCUCUCAUUUAUCUUUAUGUUCUAAAUCCCUUUAUUAAGAUUCUCCGUGCCUUGUCACUCUCUUGAUGGUUCGAAUUCUUUUAAGUAAUUUGGGUUCACUUACUGGAGUUGUUAAUAUUGUCUUACUUGAUAAAAAUAUAUUCCUAGUUCAUACAAGACUCGAUUUAUUACGUUUGUUUUUUUUGAAGCAUGAUUGUUUCUCCAAAUUAUUCCUUUCACGGUGAAAUAAUUUUAUAUUGCACCACAACAGGUUAUAUUUUUGCUUCUUUUACCCGAACCUAUUAUGGAGUAAUUUUAAAUGGGGGUCACAUAACUACCACCCUCUUUUCACUGAUGUCCUUGUUAAACACUCUAAACACACAAUGCUUCAUCCCUGUUCAUUCCGAGGUCAGUUACGAGGACAUCCCAUUUGUGUUAAAUGAAUACCCUCAUGUUCCUUGCAUGUAGCGGGCCACCCUGAAAGCCAUUACUGAAACUAGUGUUACCGUUUCCCAUUACAACAGAGGGCUGCUCUGACUCCAGUGAUCGGUCUCCAGCGAUCACACCAUGUAGACACAAGUUAAAAGUACAUGUUGCAGAGUUUUGUUUUAAAUGCACUUCGAUAUGUAAAAGUCGACAUUUUACAUGUUUAACAUUUGGAAUUCUUUGUGCAUAUACUGCAUAGCAUGGGAAAUUUGUCUACUUUUCACUAAGUUUCAUUAAAAAAAACUCUGUCCAGUCAGAAAUACUUAGACAGUGGAUAAAAAAAGAGUAGUGCUGUUCCAAUGAGACAAUGGCAUUUAAAUAUAGAUUGCUUCAACCUUG